AUGGAACAGGCACGUUUUGAAAAUGGUCCCCAGGCGGGUCCCCGAAAGGGGGAAUCCCGCCCAUCCGCCUCGGCGGGUGGCAGCCCCUCGUACUCUGGGGGGGGCAAAAACUGCCUCGUGGGUCGGCCAGAAGUCGACCCUCGUGAACACGAACAUCGCACUCGAACGGACAAUGAUUUUGCACACAAUUUGGAUCGCACGAAGGCCUCCAAUGUGGAGGUGAGGAUUCUCUCCGAUAAUGAGUCUGAGGGUGAGACGAUGCUCUCGGCCUCUUCAGACGGAGAGCCCACCCUCUCUAAGGGGAAUUCACGCGCGGUUUCGCGCUCCGGGUCAGCCGGAGAGAAGGGAUCGUCAAGGGCCGCCAAGCGUGCCGCCCCCCCGUCGAACGAACCUCAGGAGCCCGAAAGGGCACCAAAGAUCAGCACGGCCCGUAGGGGCAGGCCCAGGGUCCCCGGGAAGACCCACCCCGGUCCGGCGGCGGCAGGGAGAGGCCGUUCCAGCUCAGCAGAGUGGAACGCCCUCCAGAAAGAGACGGAUGCCGCAUUCUUCAAGGAGGCUCUUAAGCGCCCAGGAAAGGCUGGGGAGGCUGAACCCGAAGGUACGGCGGGCAUCAUGAGCGAGGUCCAGGCCCAGGAGGCGCGAGACGGCCUCGCGACAAUAUUGGCGGAGACCGCCAAGUCCUCUAAUCUCAAGGGGACGGUGAUCAAAGCAAUUAAAGAGGCCGUCAAAAAGGUGGAGAGAGCCAUUGACUCUCUCCAUCUUGGAGAGACGGCGACGGAGGCGGCGCGGCGGAUGUCGGAGGACAACCGCCAGAUGAGGAGGCAGCUCGCUGCCCUAGAGGCGGAGUUCAAGGCCCUGAGGGGGGCCUACUCCACCGCCACGGCCAAGGCCAAGGCGCAGGUGGCCCCACCGCCGUCCAGCUCCGCGGUGAUGCACGCGGGUGUGAGGGAGGCCAUCGAUGACCUCAGGCGGGACAUUUUCUCCUCCAUGAGAAAUAUGAUGGACGCCCGCUUGGGGGACAUCGAAAGACGCCUCCCCGCGGAGUCCCUAAGGCCUCCCCUAGGCGGCCGAAGUAGUGCGCCCGCCUCCGAGGCGACGCCUGCUGCCACCGCCAUCGCCGCAGCCGCCCCGAGGUUGCUUCCCUCCGCCGCGGCCCCCGAGUCGACACCGGGCCUCUCCCCGGCCCGAAACGCGCCUACUGACCCGCGGCCCAACAAAAAGGCCAAGAGGAAGGCUCCCCCGCCGAAGGCUACUGCUGCCCCUCCUGCGGCGCCACUCGCUGUUCCCGCCGUCCGUGCCGGCCCUGACAUGGCGGCCUCCAUGCCGACUGACCACGCAGAAACGCCCUGGUCACAGGUAGUCGGCCGCAAGGCCAGGAAGGCCAAAACGGCAGCUGCCGCCAUCCAAGCGGCACGGGCCCCCGCCAAGGCGGCCCCCAAGACGGCUCCCAGACCCAGGGCUCUCGCCACCCCGAAAUCAUCGGCGGUGGUGAUCACACUGAGGCCCGAAGCGGUGGCGGAAAAAGGGGUCACUUACAAGGGGGUCCUAGAGGCGGCGACCGCUGCGGUCGAUUUGGGCAGCCUCGGCAUCCCGCACGUGCGGGUGCGGAACACCCAGACGGGUGCCCGCAUAGUCGAGGUGCCCGGGGCGACCAGCGCAGAGAAGGCCGACACCCUGGCGGCCAAGCUAGAGGAGGUGAUAGGGGGGUUGGCGGCAGUAACGCGGCCUACCAAAACCGCCGAUCUAAGGGUCACCGGCUUUGACGAGUCGGUGACCCCGGAGAAGAUCCGGGCGGUGGUGGCUGCAAAGGGCCAAUGCCCCCAGUCCGCCGUGAGCGUGGGAGCCGUCAGGCUGGCCCCCAACGGGAGGGGGUCAGCCCUCGUCCGCUGCCCGGUGACGGCGGCCCAACGGGUGGCGGCUGCCGGCUGCCUGUUGGUGGGGUGGUCCUCCGCCGGGGUCCAUGUGAUGGAGCCCCUCCCCAUGCGCUGCUUCAGGUGCAUGGGGAUUGGCCACACCAGAGCCCUCUGCCCGUCUAGUGUGGACAGGAGCGGGCUCUGCUUCAGGUGUGGCCAGGUGGGACACUCGGCCUCCGGGUGCACGGCGACCGCGCGGUGUUCGGUCUGCACCGCGGCCCGCCGUCCAGCGGACCACGUAAUGGGGGGGCGAUCUUGCGCUCCCCCCCCCCACCAAGGGCAAGCCGGCGGGGACCUCAGGCCCCCUCCCUAUUGA